AGAUGGAUGGAACAUGGCGAGUAGGGCAAGAUGAGAUCGUCCGAGGAGUGGGAUAGGAAGGUGUACGAGAAGGGAAAGAAUUGAAAUUGGAUAGUGGUCCAUAUAGGUCGCGAUAUACGCGAAAUGGAGGUACCCUUCAUACCGAGUUGCAGCUACAGGAAACAUGCGAUAUAUCUCCAUGGUCAUUCACAUUUUGUCGUUGCACAGAGGAUUCAAGAAGUACGUCAGUGACCGGGACGGCGUCGAGCUUCACCGUCUGAACUUUGAAGGCGCCCAUCGAAUCUACUUGAAUGGAAUUUCUUCCUUACCAUUGUUUGCCGGCUACCGUACUAAGCGAGUUCCUACUUCCUUGACGCCUGCUAGCGCCUUGCAGGACAAUUCUGGCUAUCUGAAAUACCAAGAUACAUCUACGGGACAGCUACUGCGAACACCGGAGGAAGCUUGGUUCCCGUACAGCCAUGACACAGUAUUUACACAACGCCGUCAUCCAUCUUCGUCGCCAGAACAGCCACCGUGGAACUCAGCUCCUUGCACAUCUCGGUCCCGUGGCCAGCAUGAGCAUCCGAGCCAAGACGUUAAAGAUCAGACGGUCAAGGUGUGGGACUGUUGGAACUGGAAGGGUGCGGUGGGAAAGCGGACUGCGAGAGGUGGGGACGCAGAAGUAGAAUGGAGUACUAAGGGCGCUCUAAUCUAGAGGUACCAUCAACGUAAAGAAGUGGAUUUUA